AUGUCCACUUCUGCAAAUUUUGGAGGAGGUUUGACGGAUCAGAAGUUAUUCAUUCAAGAUGGGCUAUGCUUGGCGCACUUGGUUGUGUUUUUCCUGAGCUUUUAUCAAGAAAUGGUGUCAAGUUUGGAGAAGCAGUUUGGUUCAAAAAGGGUUCACAAAUUUUCAGUGAAGCUUAGGCACUUUUAUCUUCCGGCUACUUACAGUGACUGUAUGGUGGGCAAGUUUACCUUAAAUUUGUGCUGCAAGAAUUUGCGACUCAAGGGAUUGGACAAGCUAGAGAUCCUGGAAAACUUCUGUCCUCCGACUUGUUCAUCUCAAGAUAUAUCCACAUUGAAGAACCUUCGAGUACUAUCCACCAUGGUGUUCAUGGGGAACUUUGAUGAUGAGUACUCCCCUAUAGAAAUCCAUAGAUUAAUGGCAAACUCUGGCCACGUGCAUUGCACAUCCCUAAAUCUUGUCUUUAACAAAGACAUGCUAACACCCUCUGCCGCCUUAACCAAGAAAAAAUUGUCGGAUGCUGUUGGUCAAUGUUUCUCUAGUCGCAAUCUUCAAGUCUUGGAGGUACAUGGUCCACUGGCCAAUUUCCCCAAGUACGAAGCCCAAUACAUGUAUGCAAGCCUUCUUAAAUUGAAACUAACCACAAUGGAGAUAGAGGAAUAUUCCAUGAAAACUCUGGAAAGGCUUCCUAAUCUCCGGUCACUUCACUUGCGAGAUCUAAAUAUUCUCGGGAAAGAGAUGAGGUGCAAGGCAACAGGUUUUGGCCAACUUAGAUUUCUUCGUUUUGAAUGUCUACACAACUUAGAGAAGUGGAAUGUUGAUGAAGGAGCCAUGCCUAACCUUUUGGUAUUGACAAUUGUAUGUUGCCCAAAGCUGGAGAUGGUUCCGAAUGGAUUGAGAUUCGUUAAAACGCUGAGAGAGUUGAACAUUGCAUCGAUUCCAAAGGAGUUCACAAAUAUAAGGGAUAGGAUUUUGACAAAGUCAGCAGGUAACUCAGCCGGUUCAGAAGGUAAUUUCCACUUUAGUUAUGAAAUUUAG